CAUUUGUUCUGCCAAUGCCGGUUCCCAACAGGCAUAUCAAUAUUGGCCGUUCUCAGAGCUGGGAUGCUGCUGGCUGGUAUGAGGGCCCUUGGGAGAACGCUGGGUCUCUGGGGAGGAGAAGCUCUCUGACAUAUAGCCCUGGAGAGGGGACCUGGUGUGAGCCACUAAGCCACCGAGCGCAGGACAUCACCUUGCCGGGGCCUGUGGAGCCCUACCUGUACCAAGAAGCCUUUUAUAACUCGUUGGCAGCAAGGAAGGGCUCUGUGCCUGACUUCACCUACGACAGCAGACAGGCAGUGAUGUCUGGCCGCGGCACCCUGCUGCCACAAGACUACUAUAGCGGCCCGCCCAGGAGCGCCAGGGUGCCCAAGGAGCCUCCCUUCUAUCGGGACCCAGGAGUCAACAGGCCAGUGCCCAGCUACGGAGUGCUUGGCAGCAGGGUGCCAUGGGAACAAGUACAAGGCCUGCAGGACGCCAGCCACCUGUACCAGGAUCCUGGGGGUAAACUGGCAUCUCAAGGCCAGCGGACGCACAGCAGGGCCCUGUCGCCUGGGCGGUAUGGAAGGGAAUUGCCUGAUAACAGGUUUGGGACAGAGACACCCGCCUAUCCCCCCAGUCAGGUCUACAAUGAUACUGCUGACAGGCCUGUGGAUUCUGCAGCUGCUAGACAGGUGGCCCCAACGUGCCUGGUCGUGGAUCCCAGCUCAGCUGCUGCUGCUGAAAACAGCACCGGGGUGGCCUCUGGCCCCCUGAAUCAAAGCUAUGGGCCUGUCCGGGAGAGUGUGCAGUCAAAGAUGGGUUAUGAGACUUACGGUGCCGACCUUCCCACGUUCCAAGGGCCAGGGGGCAAGAGGAGCAUCCUCCCCGAAUUCCUGGCCCUUUUGCAGGCAGAGGGUGUGGCAGAGGCCACGCUGGCUGCCCUGCUGCAGCAAGGUUUCGACUCCCCAGCUGUCCUGGCCACCAUGGAAGAUGCCGAUAUCAAGGCUGUUGCCCCCAACCUGGGCCAGGCCCGCGUCCUGAGCCGCUUGGCCAGCAGCUACAGGACUGAGAUGCAGUUUCGGAGGCAGGACCGGGCAGGCCCCCUGCCCCGCACCCGCUCCAGCAGCUUCAGCCACCGAAGUGAGCUGCUGCCCAGUGACCUGGCUCCGCUGGGCGCCGCAGCCCUGCAGCCCCUCCCUGCUGGGUCCCUGCAGACGACAGCUCCCCGUCCCCGAGAUGGAGUUCGCCGGCCCUCCAGCGCGCCUUCGCAGCACCUUCUGGAAACUGCAGCCACUUACUCUGCCCCUGGGGUGGGCGCCCAAAUCCCCCACUUCCCCUCCAACUCUGGGUACAGCUCUCCUACCCCUUGUGCCCUGACGACACGUCUGGGCCCCUCAUAUGCCCCACAAGCUGGGAUGGCCUUGACUAAUCCAGGCCCCUCGAGCCCCCUUCACCCAGGCCCCAGGACAGCGUACUCCACCUCGUACACCGUGCCCAUGGAAUUGCUGAAGAGGGAACGCAGCGUGACCGCCUCGCCACUGCCCAGCCCUCUCAGCAGCCCCCAGCUCUUACGGAAACCUGGCGUUCCUGUGGAGCCGGCUCCCGUGCCGCCGGUCAGCCACACACCACACUCGCCCUACCAGAAGGUGGCUCGGCGUACAGGGGCUCCCAUCAUCGUCUCGACCAUGCUAACUCCAGAGCCAAGUAUCCGCCCCCAGAUCAUGAACGGCCCCCUGCACCCUCGCCCCCUGGUGGCACUGCUGGACGGCAGAGACUGCACUGUGGAGAUGCCCAUCCUGAAGGACCUGGCCACCGUGGCCUUCUGUGACGCACAGUCCACUCAGGAAAUCCAUGAAAAGGUACUAAACGAGGCUGUGGGUGCCAUGAUGUACCACACAAUCACCCUCACCAGGGAAGACCUGGAGAAGUUCAAAGCCCUGCGAGUGAUCGUGCGCAUUGGCAGUGGCUACGACAAUGUGGACAUCAAGGCUGCUGGCGAGCUUGGGAUUGCCGUGUGCAACAUCCCAUCUGCUGCCGUGGAAGAGACCGCCGACUCCACCAUCUGCCACAUCCUCAACCUGUACCGGAGGAACACGUGGCUGUACCAGGCGCUGCGGGAAGGCACACGGGUUCAGAGUGUAGAGCAGAUCCGGGAAGUGGCAUCGGGAGCUGCUCGAAUCCGCGGGGAGACGCUGGGCCUCAUUGGCUUUGGUCGCACCGGGCAAGCAGUUGCUGUUCGAGCCAAGGCCUUUGGAUUCAGCGUCAUAUUUUAUGACCCCUACUUGCAGGAUGGGAUAGAGCGGUCUCUGGGUGUGCAGAGGGUCUACACCCUGCAGGACUUGCUGUAUCAGAGUGACUGUGUCUCCUUGCACUGCAAUCUCAAUGAACAUAACCACCACCUCAUCAAUGACUUCACUAUCAAGCAGAUGAGGCAAGGGGCCUUCCUUGUGAACGCAGCCCGCGGGGGUCUGGUGGAUGAGAAAGCCUUAGCCCAGGCCCUCAAGGAGGGCAGGAUACGAGGGGCAGCCCUUGAUGUACACGAAUCGGAGCCCUUUAGCUUUGCUCAGGGUCCGUUGAAGGAUGCACCAAAUCUCAUCUGCACACCCCACACAGCCUGGUACAGCGAGCAGGCAUCACUAGAGAUGAGAGAGGCGGCUGCUACCGAGAUCCGCCGGGCAAUCACAGGUCGCAUCCCUGAAAGCUUAAGGAACUGUGUCAACAAGGAAUUCUUUGUCACAUCAGCUCAUUGGUCUGUAAUAGACCAGCAAGCAAUUCACCCCGAACUCAAUGGAGCCACAUACAGGUAUCCGCCAGGCAUCGUCGGUGUGGCCCCAGGUGGGCUUCCUGCAGCCAUGGAAGGGAUCAUUCCUGGAGGCAUCCCUGUGACUCACAACCUCCCCACAGUGGCACACCCUUCCCAAGCUCCCUCUCCCAACCAACCCACCAAACACGGGGACAAUCGAGAGCACCCCAACGAGCAAUAGCAGAGAGUGCUGAGAGGUAAUCAUUGAGAUACACUUGGGACCAAGAGACAGUGGAAAAUGGAUGAACAUAAAAAUGGAAUUUGACAGUCUUUUUAACUGAUCCUAGACAGAAGGCAUCACUGACAUUGCAGUGUGACAGCUACAAGAGCGAGAAAACUGAAGAUGUCGUCUGCUUCCUGAAGCGCUGAAAGACUACGAUGUGAUUUAUUAACGACCAACUUCUGUUAUUGUGUGUUGUUUUUCAUCUGUGCAUCAAAUCACAAAGAAUAAAUAGAGCUUUUCCUUUUCAGUCCCUUGGGCACAGCAGGUCCCAAGCAGCUUGCUCUAGAAUGUUGCAUCAAGAGUUCCAAACACCAAAAUAAAGCUAUCGACAGGAAACCCCACCACGUGACUCUAGUCCCUUUGGUACACAGGGGCUCAUUACCUCUUGUUGCUGAUAGGAAGAGUAAAUUACUGCAGGAUGGGGAGAGCACUGCCUGGUAGACAUCUGCACGCAGGACUGAAGACAGUACAGAGAAGUCUCUCAUCUGAACUGAACUGCAUACUGAGCGGGCAAGUUGGUUGUUCUAAGUAAUACCCUCUGAUGAUGCAAAAAAAAAAAAAAAAAAAAAAAAAGGAAAAAAAUAAAAAAAGGAAAAAAUAAAAAGUAUUAAGUUUCACAAGCUGUUUGUACUCAAAUAUAUUUUCUCAGUUUCAGAUCCUCAGCUAUUUUAUUGAGUGGAAAGUCUUGAACUAUAAGGGUUCAAGAAGAAUAAUGUUGCAUUUCCUUAUGUCUCAGGAAACACUUUUUAUGGUAACUUGUCAGAUUGUCUAUGAACAAACCCACUUUUUUAGACAUUGAUAAAUUCUUUUCUUCACGUGAUAUUUUAUACAAGAACACUUCAGAUGUGUUAGAUGUGACUGAUUUUAACAAAUCCUAUUAGAUUUGUAUCAACUAGUUACAUGUUCUAUUCAUAGUCUUUUGUGAAUCAUUGCCUUUUUGUUUAAAAAGAUGGCCUAUUUUGAGCCUUUGUAUAGGUACAUUCCUGUUUUUGUGACAAAAGAAAAACUUUAAACUGUCCCAAACAGAAAAAUAAUGGCUAUCAAGAGUAUGUUUUGUUUUAGUGUGAGUUACCGUUACUGUAUUUGUUUAUUGUAAAGGUGGACAUUUAGCGUUCAGUGCAGUUUUCAAUAAAAAGUAAUUAAAAUUUC